AUGCAUCUAAUCCUCACAGGCGCCACCGGCCUCAUCGGCUCCGCCGUCCUAGACGCCAUGAUCAAGACCAAAGACAUCACCAAGAUCUCCAUCAUCAGCCGACGACCCGUCAAGAUGGCCGAAGACGCCAAGGACCCGCGCAUCAACGUCAUUCUUCACAAGGAUUUCGAGAAGUACGACAGUGAGGUACUCAACCAGCUCCAGGGUGCAACGGGAUGUGUUUGGGCGCUGGGAAUCAGUCAGAAUGCCGUUGGCAAGGAGGAAUACGUCAAAAUAACCAAAGACUUUCCCCUCGCCGCCGCCGCCGCUUUCCAGACCUUACCCCCUUCUUCUUCUUCUCCUCCCGACCAAGAUAAACAACCCUUCCGCUUCAUCUACGUCUCCGGCGAAGGCACCACCACCACCCCUCUCUCCUCCAAACCCCUCUUAUCAAGACUCACCACCCCCUGGUUCGCCAUCAUCAAAGGCCAAGCCGAACUCGCCCUCUCCCAGCUUUCUAGUCCCACCUUCCUACCCUUCUCUAUGCGCCCCGCCUUCAUCGACGCGGCCGCCCACCCUGCCAUUCACCCGUACAUCCCCAAAGUGUCCGGCCUUUAUACUUUGAGCAACUGUGUUUUGGGACCACCCAUCCGAGUGGGGUACAAGAAGAUGUGGAGUCCUACGGAACAUUUGGGCAAGUUUUUGGUGGAGAUGGCGAUGGGCAAGUGGGAUGAGACGAUCAAGAAGGAGGCGGAGGCUUCGAAUGAAAAAGGGUUUGAGAAGUUGGAAGGGGGUGGGAUGGUGGUGGUGGGGAAUGAAGGGUGGAGGAGGAUUGCUUCGUUGGAGGGGUAG